UACACAAUCCUCGUGCUGCCGUUAGAUAACUUCUCUGUUAUGUAGCUUUUAGCCUCAGAGCUAGCCCUCAGUGUGCAGCAGGAGGAGGUGUGUGUCGGUGCUGCUGCAGGUUCAAUGGUCUCCUCCUCCAGGCUCAGACUCAUCUGGCGUCAUUUAGUCAACAGUAGGAUGGGAGAGAUGGCCUCUAAAGCCCAGAUGCCAACCCCAGAGACAGCGCUCCCCGGCCGGACUCAAGGCAUCAAAGUCUCCGCUAAACAUGACGUGAAUGGUAACAGGACAGUUCCACCUUUUCCCGAGGGGACAGAGAUGGCGGUGUUUGGGAUGGGCUGUUUCUGGGGAGCAGAGAGGAAGUUUUGGAGACAAAAAGGGGUUUAUUCCACUCAAGUGGGCUACGCAGGAGGAUACACCCCUAACCCCAGCUACAAUGAAGUCUGCACAGGUCGGACGGGUCACAGCGAGGUGGUGAGAGUCGUCUACCACCCGGAGAAGAUCAGCUUCACCGACCUGCUCAAAGUGUUCUGGGAAAGCCACAACCCCACUCAAGGGAUGCGUCAGGGGAACGAUGUGGGGACCCCGUACCGCUCCGCUGUCUAUGUGGACACAAAGCAGCAGCUGGAGGAAGCUCUGGCCUCCAAAGAUCAAUACCAGAAGGUUCUGACAGAGGAAGGUUUUGGUCCGAUCACAACAGAAAUAGCCGACGGCAAACCUUUCUACUACGCCGAGGACUACCACCAGCAGUACCUGAGUAAAAACCCUGAUGGCUACUGUGGUCUGGGAGGGACUGGAGUCUCCUGUCCCAUAGGAGUCAAGACUAAAGCCUGAAGAGCCAAAGAACAGCCAGGAACCAUCAACAGUUUGUUUAGCAAGGAUGCAAUGAUGGAGUGAUGUUUGAGUUUUAAAAUGAGAUUUUUCAUUUUAUUUUAAUUGACAAAGUAUAAAGCUGCCAGGAACCGAAAAUACAAACAAAAGACACAGGUGUCUAUGGAAAUGUACCUUCUUUUUUUUCUUCUUUUUUUACCAUUUAUACACACAAAAACAGCAGAAAAAAUAAUAAAUUACAAAACUACAAGACAGUCUAUUUGCAUGCAAUUAAAAAUAGGAAUAAUUUUCAUUGUAGAAAGAAAAUUCACAAUUUAAAAAUGGUCUAGAAACAUAAAUGGCACACUGUGAAAACUCCACUUUCAACUGGCUUUCUCAGCUUGUCUACAUAUCAUAUAUAAAUACAGUUAUUACUGUAAAUAAAACGUGUACAAAAACAUGUGUAUUUUCAAUAAAUAGAUGGACUCCAGAGAGUUAAACACUCUUAUUGCCCUUUAAGACACAAUUUGAGCUACAAUUGCUGCUUGGUUUGAGACAAGUCACAGCAGCCAGCAGAAAACAAACCCUGGGUGUUAAAGCACAUCUUUGCCACGUUUUAUCUGAAAGUGUUCAGUGAUCAGGUGUUGUAGCUGACUUAAUAUGUGGACAUAUUUAAAAAAAGAAAUGUCAAAUUGUAAUUUUUGCAAUUUCUCAGGUUGGGAAUCAUUGUCUCACAGAAUCAAAAACUGUUGCAUUAAGGAACAUGAGUCUAAUAUUCAUCCUGUCUUACACCUUUAACAUGAUAAUGUCUGUAUUUGUCAGUUAAGACAACAGAAACCAAACAGCUCCAAGCAUCUGAAAAAGAAACUGUGAUGGUCCAAAGCUGCAGCUCAGUUUUUGCUGAAAGAAUAAAGCAGAUUUCUGCCUGAUGUGACCCGGUGACGUGUGACAUAAACUGCACUGUUGACGCUGAUAAAGACUGCAAACCUCUGCUCUUAGUAAACAUACCAGUGCCUCAAAUGUAUGCAUAUUAUGUGCAUUGUAGCACGGAAAAUACUCCUUGAUUCAUGCAGAACAAUUUCAUGUGUUAGAUGUAUAAAAGUGUACAUUAUCUAAAUGAAAUCCGGUGAAAAAAGUGGUGAACUCCACUGUUUUUUGGCUCGGUGACUGUUUGCAGAUAAGAAUCGUGUUUCCUCAGGUUGAUUUAUUGAUGAUGAUUAUUUAAGUUCAGCUUUGAAUCUUAUGCAGCUUACUUUUUAGAAGCCUGUAGAGGAAUAAAACACAUUAAAAGCUUCUGAGAUCAAAAGUC